UUUCCGUUUUCUAUUUUAUUAUCUGUGCACGUCUUCAAGAGAUUUCUAUUUCUUUUAGGUGAAGGUUAACAAGGCCCAUAAGAUGAAACUUCUAUUCCUCAUAACUUGUGUACUAUGCGCAUUUUCGGUGAACUGUGAUACCCCUAGCCUGCCAAUCGAAAGGCCAGCAGACAUUCGUACAGAAAUCCCACCAUCUGAUAUAGUUUCUCCAGAGGGCCAAACUAUCAUCAUCGUAGACGAAGACCCGAUUAUUAAUUCACCAACGCCGCCACUGCCGCCACCAAUAGCUGACCCAGAUAUACCUAAUGGACUCGACAUUGCAGAAAAACUAGCCGAAAGUAAUAUCGACCUUAGCUCCUUUGCUAAAUUGGAGCCAGAAAAACUUAACUCUAUUCUAGACAACAUCCUUAAAACAGUUAAUGAAGAGAUAAAUAAUCCGCCUCCGUCCCCACCUGUUGAUCCACCAACUCCUAUCGAUCAGAUUGUCCAAGAUGCAAGGAUAAAUCAAAUACAAGACAACGAAUUUGGAUUGGCAGAUAAUGGACCACUAGAUCAGUCGCAGAUUGAUAGAUUAUUAGGAAGCUUGCAGGGAGAAGGUGGUUUGAAACAGCCUAACAUAAUUGAAACACCUUUACCUACGCCUGAUGUCCGAGUUCCAAUAUUGAACAGACCCACACCAACACCCGAUGUCCCAGUUCCAACUGUGAACGACAUUGGUCCUACACCAGGGGCUCCCCUCUCCGAAUUUCCCUCAAUCGAUACAACCGAACUUGAUAAGGAACUUAAAAACAUACAGGAGGAAAUUCUCAGAACAUCAGUAGAAACUCAAUUACCAGACCUAAGAGAACCAACGUUACCUCCUAACGAUAAUUUGGGAAGUGCUCCACUCGUGAUUCAGGAUCUGGAAAGGAACGAGCAGAUAGACACAAUCCCCUCUGAAUUAGGUCUUGGAGAAGAGUUCACAUCAACUGUGAGAGGAAAUUUUCUUGAGGAUGGAUUUGACAGUGAUCAAGCUAAGCGGCUAGCAACUUUAUUAGAGCAGAGGCGUGAAAUACAACGGCGUCUGAGAGAACAAGAGCAGAUUAUUAUAAAUUCACCCGCUCCAAAUCCACUUCUGACCAGGAGAGCACCCUUCAGAAACAUCAACCGCGCUGCAACAGGACGGCUAAAUUUUUUCGAUGAAUUUGGAAAUUCUAUUGAUGAUAUCUCUUCAGUCAGUUCCCCACUCGUUGGCAAUAGCAUAAGUGUUGGGCGAGAUAUAAUAACUGAUUCUGAGAGUUUGCAAAAUAAUCGGGUCUUUGAUGCCCUUGCUCAAGCCGGACAAGUGAAUGCGCCUGAAAAUAUCCGUCAGAUAUUCUCAGAUGACGACGGAAUCAAUAGUCCUCCACCAUCAAUUUCAAGUCCUGGGAUAGUAACUCGAAAUCAAGCAGAUAGUGCUUCUGCAAGAAUAACGGAGGCAAUGAGAAAUGAUCCUUAUAUAAUGCCUGGACGUGCUCUAUUGACUGAUACUUCUGGGCAAACCCGGGGCAAUGGUAUUUCGUUUUCCCCACAGCAACAAGAAUUGAAUGCUUUACUAACCCAGAGAGAAUUACUAGAGGAUCAACUGUCUAGAAUAAGUAGCGUUGACAUUCAGACUACAGGAGGUGCUGGAGAUAUCCUUCCAAUUCCCCGAAACACAAGACUUUCGGUUUCUGAUGAUGAUAACAAUGGACUACCAGAAAGAGUGUUAAACUUAGGAUUAAACGAACGCGGAGACCUGUUAAGAGCUCCUCAAGGAACAAAUACUGUAGGAAGAAGAUUCAGAGCAGGAUUAUCAAACGUUGAUGAUUUCGUUCCUUUUGUAGGAUUAGGUCGUCUUAGACAACAAAACUUAAGAAGAGCACUUACACCUUCACAAAUAACAGACGCACCUUUCCCAAGAGGAGUGAGAACUGGUACUUUUUCCGAAAAUGAUGAUAUAGAGCCUCGUAUCCUUGGAUUCCAAAACCGCCGUGGAUUGUCUAGUUCUACCAGAAUUGGACCAGUUGUUGGCGACACACAAAGGUCCACUCCUUUAUCUACUGCCUUCAGAAGUGGCUUUGUCGAUACAUUACCAUCUAGUGUACGUGCUUCCUCAGGUUUUAUUCAGUCUGACUUUUCAGGAUCCUCGUCUUUACCUGAUGAUAUAAGGGAAUCGUUUAUUGGUACUACACGGGCUAGACAAAACUUAUUGCAGUCUGGAAGAACUUUAAGUGGUACCAGACAAACAGUACCAACUUCCACGAGUUCCUCUUCAUUUUUUGGAACUUUAUCUCCUAGACUUGACAGAACACCACUGAGUUUAUCAUCAGUGGAUUUAGAUGACGAUGUAUCUUCUCGACGUGGUGGUGACACACAAUCCUUGGGAACAAGAAACAGUGGACGGGAAACUGGAGGCUUUUUAACACAAACUUUUGACGAUUUCCCAGAAUUCAACAGGCAAGUUGCACAGCUUAUGAGCGGAGCAUCUGGAUUCGGUUCUGUUUCCUUUAGAAACCUUGCAGGUGAUGAUUUCAGAGAAAGAUCAAAUUUUCGCACUUUCCCUGUGGGUAAUAUAGGGAAUCGUAGAACAUUACGAUUUUUCAGGCCACAGAGAAGAACAUUUUCGACUCGAAUAUUUUAAUCGUACAUUUGAUAACGUUGUGUAGAACUAUUAUGAGAAUAAUCUGCACAUAGCAUUCGUUUUUUUUUCCCUUUUUUUGUGACAAAAUGUCAUCAAUUUCUGUAUUUUGCUUUCAUAAAAAAGUACUCAUAUGUUUGCAUAGAUUCAAAACUGAUAUAUUGAGAUUGAUUUUCAUGAGUGCAUAUUGUCUUCUCUCUCAUGUACAACUUAAAGGUUCAAUAUUAUACCUGAAAGAUACAUUUUCUUCUGAAGUGAUCAUGACGAUCAAAUUAUAGCUUACAAAUGGAGCAAAGUCGCGAUCAUCAACUUUUCUGACAAUUUACUGCCACUUCGGACAUUACUUAUUAUCAUAACGUGGUAUCUCUAUAGUCACUAUUUUAUCUAAUUUAAUGCCAGUCAUAAAAUCCUGUUUCCUGUUUCUGUGCGAAGACUGCAGUGUUUGUGACGUCACUAAGGACACAUCAAAAUCUGUUGGAAAUAAUGGCCGCGACGGCUUGGUUGAACAGGAAAAAAAAUGUUCGUAAGCCUCUUAUAGGAAAGUUAUUUUAACACACUGAUGGAGAAUGUCUAUCACAUAACAAAAGAUAUUACAGGAAUGUUACAACUGUAAACUGUACAUCAUUGACCUUACAUAAGAACGUUAAUGAUUUUUUUUUAUUAAAGCCUUCGAAGUCUGUUUUAUUUAGUACUGGACUCUGUAACAAUAUUAAUGUAACUUUUGUCUUAAAUGUUUAAUUUACCUUAUAUAAACCAGAAAAAAAUAUCAAUAAUAUCCUCGGCUUCUCCCCAGUCAUCGACAUACGUAUGGUUAAUAUGAAACAGAUUAAUCAAAUACAAAGUCCAUAUUGUAUAUUGUUUUCAUCUUGUUUAAAAUUGUGUGCUUGUUUUUUCUUUUAGAUAUUGACUAGAUUGACUUUAUUUUUAUGCAAAAGGUGACCAAAAUAAACGAAAUAAAAGUGUU